GGAAGCAAAGGGACGAAUGUUUACCUUGAAAUUGACUCGUUCUCAAUCCUAACUUCCUAUAAACCAGGUGGAGGCGACUGGUGAGGCUACAACACAAAUUACCGGCUUUGGUGAUUCUUCUUCUUCUUCUGUACGUGUUUGUGAGCGUCUUUGUGUGCAAUAAUGGAAUCGAGCAAUCGUGAAAUAGCGUAUGAGUUCCCUCCCCGCUCCAAGCAUAAUAGUUUUCCCGUCUUCAUUCGAGUUUACAGGGAUGGGAGCGUAGACAGGUUUGUGGGAACUGAUAUUGUUCCUCCAUCGCUUCAUCCAGUGGCUGGUGUUUGCUCCAAAGACAUUGUAGCCAUACCAGAAACCGGUGUCUCUGCCCGCCUCUAUCUCCCCAAUAUCAACCCACUUCGGAAACUUCCACUUCUCGUGUACUUCCACGGUGGAGGCUUUUGCAUCGAGACCCCCUUCUCUCCCAUAUACCACAGCUUCAUCAAUUCGUUGGUAGCUGAAGCUAAUAUUGUUGCCAUAUCAGUGCAUUAUAGAAGAGUCCCCGAGUACCCUCUUCCCAUAGCCUAUGAUGACUCAUGGGCGGUGCUCCAGUGGGUGGCUGCGCACGCCGAGUCGAGGGUAGAUGAUGAUGCAUCUGAGAGUUGGCUGAGAGACUAUGUAGAUUUUGACCGAGUGUUCUUGGGUGGGGAUAGUGCGGGUGGGAACAUCGCCCACAAUUUAGCACUGCGAUCUGGGGCUGAGGAACUGAAUAAUGGUGGGAUUAAACUUCUUGGCAUGGCUUUGAUCGGUUCUUACUUAUGGGGAAAGGAACGAAUUGGUUCGGAGGCAACAGAUCCUGAGAAGUAUAUAACAGAAGAAACGACAUGGCUUCAUGCAUGCCCUUCGGCGAAGGAUAACGAUGAUCCGCGCAUAAAUCCAGUUGCUCCUGGAGCCCCUAGUCUGGAGGGCUUGGGGUGCAGGCGGGUGCUGGUACUCGUUGCAGGAAAAGAUGGGUUGAGAGACAGGGGAUGGCUGUAUCAUGAUUCACUGGUCAAGAGCGGAUGGAAUGGAGUGGUGGAGAUAAUGGAGACAGAGGAAGAGGGUCACGUCUUCCAUCUAUUCAAUCCAAACUGUGAGAAAGCGGAGUUAAGAAUCAAACGUUUGGCUUCCUUCCUCAACCAGGUUUAGCUAUUUCCGUAUUAGGAUGAGCAAUUGAGCAUCGUCGACGAUAUGAUGAAUUCUCAGUACUUAUGGCAUGGGUAGCUUGUAUGAGAAAAUAAAUUCGGAAAAU